CGUGGGGUUCAUUGUCAUGGCUGAGGGGAUCCAGGUGUCCAGCUCAGAGCAACUCCCAGAGCAGGCCUGUAGAUUAGCUCAGCCCCCGCAGGGCUCGGGGCAGACACUGUACCCCCUCACGUCUGGCCUCCUUCUGUGGUUUGGCCUUCUGAGCAUCCCUUUCCUCCAAGAUGGACUGUGACUGGUGUCUUAUCGGGCAACUUAGCUUCUAGUUCCAGCUCGGCCGCUUGGCCGCUCAUUCACCAUGUGGCUGAGCAGUUUGCCGCAGAGCUGGCUGAGAUCCAGCUACAUCCUUGGGCUCACAGAGCCUCAGCCUCCCACUCAGGCCUCCGGUGGCCCACACUCCAGCCUGAUAAAGGCUGGGCCGCAGGCAGCAGUGCUCAGGAUGCCUGGUUCCUCUGGUGUUCUCUGUGGUCAUGACACAGCUGCUGCUGCUCAUUGUGGCUCUCCUGGCCCUGAGUCAUCUGCCUCCAGGGAGAAGUGAAUUUAAGCGGUGCUGGAAGGGCCAGGGGGCCUGCCGGACUUACUGUACAAGGCAAGAAACCUACAUGCACAUGUGCCCAGAUGCCUCCCUGUGCUGCCUCCCCUAUGGAUUCAGGCCUCUGGCCUUUAAGCCUUAAUAUGUGGAGCUGGUUCUGGGGCUGGCACCCUUGCUCUCCAAUAAACACCUGCUGCUGGCUG